AUGCGCGGGCUCAUCGUUCUGCUGGCUAUCCAGGCCACUGUCACUAUACUUGUCAAUGGUACUGAUGCUGUCGACAGUAAUACGCUCGCAGCCACUCAAUCUGGGAUCGACCAAGAUCCUGCUGUUGCUGGCCAUGUCGCCAACAACGUCCAGCGGCUACUGAGAAAGCAUGAGCCUGACCAUGAUGAUACCGAGCAUGAUACAGAGUCAACAAACGAAGAGAGAGUUCUUUCGGCAGCUGUUAAAGCAUUUGCUGAGAAGCUCAAAGGCAUCUGGACCGUCGGGAAGGUUGAUGACGUAAUGAACGAUAUACCCGAGCUUCAACGAUUGGGGCAAGCAGACCACAUCGACGAAUCAAUUAAAGCAAUGCUCGUUGGCAAAAACAUUUGA